AUGUCGCCUUGUCGGAUCGGGAUCGAGCUAGAAUUCAUGGUGGCUUUCCACGACCUGGAGAUCAAGCGAAGCAAGCCCAAGGAUGACCGCUGGCCCGAUGGCAGAACUCUUUUGGUGAGUGAAAAUGACAUUUAUGGCAACAAGGCUUGCCAGAAGGCCGUUUGCGCCGUGCUCGCCAGUAUCGGCCUGCCCACGGCUCGCAUAGGUGACGCGGACGCCGUCGUGGACGACCCCGACCACUCCGACCUGCCAGACAAGGUCGUCGCUGUGGGCGGCAAGAGGCAGCUUCGUAUCUGGAACCCAGUCUCGGCUGGCACCGGCGGCAAGGAGGAACAGUUCAACUACUGGUUUGUAACCCAUGAAGCAAGCAUCGUAAGCGCCGUCAAUGAACGCGCCAUCACUGUUCCUGCCGGCUAUCGCUGGUAUUCCGCAGAGAUCACGAGCCCGAUCCUCGCCGACCAGGAAGAGCUCGACGGUGGCCUGCCCACGCUCAGAAAGGCGCUCGCCAGCAUUCAAAACGAUGUCAAGGUCUGGCUCAACUCCGAGUGCGGCCUUCACAUCCACGUGAGCCCGCUGGACGCAGAGCUGGACAUUGUCGUGGCCCGGCGCCUGGCUGCCCUGGUAUUCUUGUUGGAGCGCCCAUUGCUGCUCCAACUGUGCCAUGCCGGUCGCUCCAAGGCAGCGCACGCGCGGCUCAUAAGCUCAGACUCUGACAUAGCCAAGAAUCCUGCACCGUCUGUCGGUUUGAGCGCGCCUUACCUGGAGGAGGUGAUUGAGCUCCGCCGAAUGCUUGACAAGGCAAAGGGUCGCUGCGAGGACGAGCAGCGCACCUUCCAGGCUGUCUGUUCCAUUCUCUCGGAGCACGAUUGUAAGAGCCUUGGGGAGAGGCUGCGCGUCCCAAAGGCCGGCGGCGGAGACGGCGGCAAAUGCACGCUUGCCACGUCCAAGUUUGGCACCCUCGAGUUCCGCUACCCGGAAUCGAGCUUCGACGUGGACUACAUCUCCUGCUGGGUCAACGUAGUGCGGCGGCUUUUCGCGAUCGCCGCGGCACCCGAUGCCGAGUACGCGGCGAAGCUCUGCGAGAUCUAUGAGCUGGCGACGCGAGACGUGCGCAUGGGCUGGAUAAACUUUGCCACGGCCAUAGGACUCGAUGACCAGGCAAGCGUCUUCAAGAAGCGCAUCAAACGGUACGACGGCGAUCUGAAGGACUUGGACAAGCCCACUAUCCUUCCCCGCGUUGGCUAA